AUGGCAGGAUCAAGCUCUUCUGAGCUUCGUACACCAGUUUUCAAUGGAGAAAACUAUGAGUUUUGGAGCAUUCGAAUGAAGACCAUUCUGAAAUCUCAUGGACUAUCCAAAGAAAAAAAAGGAAAGGAAGAAGGAUCUAAAGCUGCUGAAGAAGAGAAGUCUACAUCGGCUGAGAUUUUGAUGAAAGAUGCUCGUGCACUUGGACUGAUCCAAGGUGCAGUCUCAGACCAAAUUUUUCCCAGAAUAGUGAAUGAAGAAACCUCAAAAGGUGCAUGGGAUAUUCUGAAGCAGGAGUUUAGAGGCGAUAAACAGGUACGAAGUGUGAAGCUACAAGGCUUACGUAGAGAGUUUGAAUACACUCGUAUGAAGGAUAGUGAGUCAUUCUCUAGUUAUGUUGCUAAACUGUUUGAUCUAAUUAAUCAAAUGAAAAGUUAUGGUGAAGAGUUACCUAGAGAAAGAGUUGUGCAGAAAUUGCUUAUUAGCUUGCCUAGAUCUUAUGACUCUAUAUGUUCUGUGAUUGAGCAUUCAAAGGAUCUUGACACUCUUGAAAUUCAAGAAGUGGUUGCGUCUCUCAAGAACUUUGAACUCAGGUUGGAUAGGCACACUGAAAAUUCCACAGAAAAGGCUUUUACUAGCCUGAACAUAGAGAGUAAAAGCUCUAAGAAUGGAAGUUCUUCUGGAGGUAACAAGUCUCAAAGGAACUGGAAGGAAAAUGGGAAGAAUUGGAAUAACAAGUCCAAUUCUAAUCCCAAACCAAAUGCAUCAAAUGAUGGAACUAAAACACCUUGCAAGCACUGUGAAAAACUGCACUAUGGCAAGUGCUGGUUUGAAGGAAAACCAAAAUGCAGAGGAUGUGGAAAGUUUGGUCACAUGAAGGUGAAUUAUGCCAAUCAGGUUGAAGUAACUGGAACAUUGUUUUAUGCAUGCAAUGCCGUGACAGGUGUGAAAUUGAACAAUUCUUGGUAUGUGGACAGUGGUUGUAGUAACCACAUGACUGGAGAUGAAAGGCUAUUGAUAGAUAUUCGAAGGGAUGUAACUUCCAAGGUGAAAAUGGGGACUGGAGAGACAGUUCAAGUUGCAGGAAAAGGCACACUUGUGAUAGAAACCAAGACAGGCAGAAAACACAUUCAAGAAGUGAUGUUGGUGCCUGGUUUAGAAGAGAACUUGCUCAGUGUUGGUCAGAUGAUGGAACAUGGGUAUUGUUUAGUAUUUGGAAAGGGAAUGGUGACAAUUUUUGAUGAUUGGUCACUGCAAAAUCCUAUAGCUAAGGUUCCAAUGACUAUCAAUAGGUGUUUCUCUCUCACAAUGGUACCUGCUACUCAGUUGGUGCUGAGAGCAAGUGUGACUCACAGUUUGCAGACUUGGCAUAAAAGGCUGGGCCAUCUUAAUGAUCAAGGCAUCAGGAUGCUGGCAAAUCAAGACAUGGUUCAUGGACUGCCUAGUCUGGAGAAGGAUUUUGCAGUUUGUGAAGGCUGCAAGCUGGGAAAGCAGCAUAGAGACUCAUUUCCUGCAGAAUCUACUUGGAGAGCUCAGUUUCCACUUGAAUUAGUCCACACUGACAUCUGUGGUCCUAUGCAGAUUGCAUCAAUGUCAGAAAACAGAUAUUUCCUGUUAUUCAUUGAUGACUAUACAAGAAUGGCUUGGGUUUAUUUUCUCAGAAAUAAAUCUAAUACUUUUGAAUGUUUCAAGAAGUUCAAAGCAAUGACAGAAUUGCAGAGUGGACACAAGGUGAAAUCACUUAGAAGUGACAGAGGUGGAGAAUUCAUGUCAAAUGAAUUUCUUGCAUACUGCAGUGAGGCUGGGAAUACAAAGGCAGCUGACUGUAGCUUAUUCCCCUCAACAAAAUGGAGUUGUUGA